AACUGGAAGGGUUUUCAUUCUCUAUGUUACUUGGUUCAAAGAAAAAAAAUUCUAGAUUGACUAAAGCGAGUUGGUAGUAAAAAGGAAAAAUAUUUUAUGACCUGAGAACUUGUUCCAGAAAAACAUCUCCUGUGGAUGAUCUUGUUCUGCUAUUAGCUGAGGACCCCGGAACCGAAAGCUUUUUUAAACGCAACACUUUGCUCGUCGUAUCUUGUCCUCACAUCAACUGCUUACGGAGAUACCACUACGCGCCAUUGAACUCAUUCUACUUUUGGAUCUCCACCCGAUUCUUUUGCAAGCCCACUUCGAGCUAUUGAAUGCAAAAAAGGCCCCACAUUAUUGUUCGCAUGUAAAAGUGUCGAGGGUAUUUGAGGUUCAUCUAUUGUGACAAAGGAACGGCCCUUCGCUUGCUCUGCCGCAACAAACUAAAGGUGAAGUUUUCUCUGAAUCCUCAAGCAAUGCAUCUAUUUCGGGAAAUUGGUUGAGUUUUGGACCCAAGGGACAUUGAAGAAGGGCCUCAUGUUCAAAGUGUGAGCUAGCAACAACCUCCUUGCAGUUUCAACCACUCGGUUGUCUCCGUCGUCGUCAUAGUUUGGUUUCUCAUGGCUAUAACAAGGAGAUCAUGGCUGAACAAGUCCUGCAUUCUGAUCAUUGUUGUUGCCAGCGUUGAGAGGUUUGCAUACAAGGGUGUGGCUGCCAAUUUAGUGAGCUAUCUUACUGAUGUCUUGCACGAGAGCACCUCUGUAGCAGCAAAGAACAUCAACACCUGGUAUGGAGUUACCUCAAUGCUUCCUCUUGUUGGUGCCCUACUUGCGGACUCUUAUGGCGAUCGGUACUCAACGAUUCUGGCAUCUUCUUUGCUUUAUAUAUUGGGCCUUGCUUCGUUGUCUUCGUGGGCGCUUCUGUGGACUUGGUUUCCGAAGAGGAAAAGGUCAUCUUCCCCUCUGUUUUUGUCUCUGUACUUGACAUCUAUAGGCCAAGGAGGUUAUAAUCCAUGUCUCCAAGCCUUUGGCGCGGACCAAUUGGAAGAAGAGGAAGAUGUGCUGCCUCGAGACAGUACUGAGGAGAACACUAGCACAAGGAGCUUGUUUUUCCAACAGUGGUAUUUCGGCAUCUGCAGUGGGAGUCUCCUAGGGGUUAUCAUACUGUCGUAUGUACAAGACACUUUCGGCUGGGGCAUCGGAUUCGCCAUCCCUGCUGCUGCAAUGAUGUUGUCAGCCUUGUGUUUCUCGUGUGGGUCGCCCUGCUACAAGAGAAAACAGAGCAAAACUGAGAAGCCUACUGGCAGCAUGAUCGACACCAUUAGAGCAAUUGGAAGGAAAAUGAUGGGCAGAAGUCUCCCUUUAACUGCAAAUGACGAGCAUUUGGCCGAGCUAGAGCUACAAGAGAAGGCUCCCAUGGUCGACAAUGGCCGCAUUGGCGUUCUGCAGACAAACACUUGUAAAGGUAUAAUCUCAGGGGAAGAUGCAAGGAUUGUUCUCAGAUUACUCCCCAUUUGGGCAACAUGCCUGAUGUUCGCAGUCGUAUUUCAACAACCCACCACUUUCUUCAUCAAGCAAGGCAUCACGAUGAAGAGGAACAUAGGAAGGAGCUUCGAAAUCCCCCCGGCGACUCUCCAAAGUGUGAUAACGAUAUCUAUAAUCCUGCUGAUGCCGCUAUACGAUCCACUCCUCAUUCCCUUAAUCAAGAGAAUCACAGGCAGUGAGCAAGGGAUAAAUACAUUACAAAGAAUAUGCAUUGGAAUGUUUCUAUCAAUCAUGGCGAUGGUGAUAGCAGCAAUAUUAGAGAACAAACGGCUUCAAAUGCAGACGUUCGACAAUGGAACAAGAGUCGACAUCGUCCAUAUGAGUAUAUUCUGGUUGGUACCACAGUACAUUUUAUUGGGCAUCUCAGACGUGUUCACCGUGGUGGGUAUGCAGGAAUUCUUCUACUCGCAGGUGCCGAGUAGAAUGAGAACAAUAGGAAUAGCUCUAUACACAAGCGUGUUUGGAUUUGGGAGCUUCCUAAGUGCCAUAUUGAUAUCUAUGAUAGAACUGGGGACAAGGAUGAGGGGACAGAGAAAUUGGUUUUCAGAUGAUCUGAGUGAAGCAAGGCUAGAUCUUUAUUUUUGGCUUCUUUCUCUUCUAAGUACUUUGAGUAUGGUGUUAUUUAUAAGUAUGUCAAAGUAUUACAGUCACAAGUAUGCUUUGGCCAACAACAAUUGUAAAUGAAUUGUAUGUUUUUGUGUAUCCAUUUAGAACCCUUUCAUGAAUUAGUAAUU